GCAAUGAAGAAAUUAACUGGUUCUUUCCGAUAUACCCAAUGGGAUCCAUGGCUUAUUGUUGCUCAAAUUAUUUCAUUACAGUGUUUAUUAUACUUUAGUUUGGGACUAAUAUUAGCUAUAUUAGGCUAUAUUGCAGGUGAUACGAGAACCCUGGAUCAUAUAUUUGAGUAUCAUGAAAUUCAGGUUCGUGAUUUAAAUGGCAAAAUGGUUAUAUUAUCCUUUGUACUUAACGCGUUGGUUGGAGCUGUGGCCUUGUGGUGGAUAGUAGAGAAAACAAAACAGUGUUUAGAUUUUAGUUGCACUUGGCAUUUUAUUCACCUUAUAAUCUGUUGGUGUUAUAACAGCGAGUUUCCCACUACUUUUUCAUGGUGGGCAUUGAACAUAGCUUGUGCAACUUUAAUGUGUGUUUGUGGUGAAUUUGUUUGCUUAAGGACCGAACUGCAAGCUAUACCCUUAAGUUUAGGGCCUAAAUCUGAUUUGUAGCAUUUGCUUUCCACCCAUAACAACUUAAGAUUUGUUAAUGAUUGUGUGUGCCAAACACCAAUUAAACCCUUCAGUGAGGAACUUUUUGCAGUGACUAAUCUCAGGUUAACAGAUAUCUACAAUUCAAUACUGAAACUAUUUGUUAAGCAUAAUGUUGUACUAAAUUGAAAUUAAAAGUAUGCCUAAUUAUGUAAUUAUGAAGGUGAUACAGUACAUGUGAUAAAUUGUAGACAAAAAUUAAAAGAUAACUAGCCAAUUAAACGGUAGCUUUUAAUAGGUUUAUUGUAUUAAAUGUUAAUAUAUCUGUCUCCAUUUUAUGUUCUUUUUG